GUCCAGUCCGGCGGCAUGGCGCCUCCAGGCGGCCAGCCGGUCCGGCCCGCGGGCAUGGCGCCGCCCGGCGGCAUGGCGCCCGCGGGCAUGGCGCCGCCCGGCGGCAUGGCGCCCGCGGGCAUGGCGCCGCCCGGCGGCAUGGCGCCCGCGGGCAUGGCGCCGCCCGGCGGCAUGGCGCCCGCGGGCAUGGCGCCGCCCGGUGGCCAGCCG